AUUAUGAAAUAAUUAAUGAAAAAAAUCCCGGUGAUUAUUAAAUUGUUAAUCUUUAUAUCAUGUAAAUUAAGUAACUACUGUAGAAGCACAUGUGAAAAAAUCUCACUUUUCUUUUCAUGAUUCCUUCCUCUUUGCUCGUUCUCUCUCUCUCUCUCUCUCUGCCUAGUCUAGUCUUUCUUCUGCACAUCUUCUCUCUCUCUAUUUCCGCAGACAUCAAUUCCCCUUUUUGACUAAAAUUCCGCGACUUGGGCUUUGAUCCAUUCCCAGUGAAUCUCACUGCUUUUCUCACAGAAAAAAAUCACUCCUUUUUCCUGGAUUUUGUUUUCUCGACUGAUUUGGGGAAAAGCUAUGGUGGUCUGAUUAAUCUCUGUCUGUCUUUGGUGAGAUGGGUUUGGAUGCUGUUAAAGCUAAAGGGAAUUGGAAAUCGGAGAAACCUAAAGAGACUGAGAAUAAGAAUCACAAGAAGAAGAAUGGUGAUGAUAAUAAAAGUAGAAAUGAAGAAGAAGAAGAAGGAGAAGCAAGUGGUUGCUGGGUCAAAUUUAGGUUUAUGAUUGGUUGCAUACCUUCAAAAUCAGACCUUGAUGCUUCUUCUUCUUCUAUCUAUGGCUCUAACUGCACUGUUACAACAAUGGAAAGUAAAUCGGCAAAUGAGAAAUCAAAUGAUCAACCAGUUGGUCAAGUUUCCUCCACAACAACAACUAGCAAUGCAGAAAGCUCUUCAUCUACUCCAGUCAUCAGUGAAGAACUUAACAUUUCUUCUCACCUCCGGAAGUUUACUUUCAAUGAUCUUAAGCUAUCUACUAGAAAUUUCAGACCCGAGAGUCUUCUUGGAGAAGGUGGUUUUGGUUGUGUCUUUAAAGGAUGGAUCGAAGAAAACGGUACUGCUCCUGUUAAACCUGGUACUGGUCUUACGGUUGCAGUCAAAACCUUAAAUCCUGAUGGACUUCAAGGUCACAAAGAAUGGCUUGCUGAGAUUAAUUUCCUUGGUAACCUUCUCCAUCCAAAUCUAGUUAAGCUUGUUGGUUAUUGCAUUGAAGAUGAUCAAAGGUUGCUUGUGUAUGAGUUUAUGCCUAGAGGAAGUCUGGAGAAUCACCUUUUCAGAAGGUCCUUGCCUCUUCCUUGGUCUAUCCGGAUGAAGAUUGCAUUAGGUGCUGCAAAAGGUCUCAGUUUCCUCCAUGAAGAAGCUUUGAAGCCUGUUAUAUAUCGAGAUUUCAAAACAUCAAACAUUUUACUUGAUGCAGACUACAAUGCAAAACUAUCAGAUUUUGGACUUGCCAAAGAUGCUCCUGAUGAAGGCAAAACCCAUGUUUCUACUAGGGUUAUGGGUACAUAUGGCUAUGCUGCUCCCGAAUAUGUAAUGACCGGUCACUUGACAUCAAAGAGCGAUGUUUAUAGUUUUGGGGUGGUUCUACUUGAAAUGUUGACUGGACGACGAUCUAUGGACAAAAACCGCCCAAAUGGUGAGCACAACUUAGUGGAAUGGGCAAGACCGCAUCUUCUUGACAAGAGAAGGUUUUACCGGUUACUUGAUCCGAGGCUUGAGGGCCAUUUUUCAAUCAAAGGUGCUCAAAAAGUGACUCAGCUUGCUGCACAAUGUCUUAGCCGUGACCCCAAGAUUAGGCCAAAGAUGAGUGAUGUUGUGGAAGCACUUAAACCACUUCCGCAUCUGAAAGACAUGGCAAGCUCUUCUUACUACUUCCAGACAAUGCAAGCUGAACGUUUGAAAAAUGGGUCAGGUCGAUCCCAAGGAUUUGGAUCAAGAAACGGGCAACACCAACCCGUGUUUCGAACACUGUCUAGUCCUCAUGGUUCUUCGCCUUAUCGACAUCAGAUUCCUUCGCCAAAGCCUAAAGGAGCAACUACAUAGCUCUUACGUGGUGGAAAUAGGCCACAAACGAACAGAGCUAGAAGGCUCAAGCUUUUAUCGUCGUUUUUAAGCAACAAGGAGAUAUUUUUAAACAACGUUAGGGUAACUCUUUAAUUGAUUAAUAAUGUACGAUGGAGAAGGGUAAAUCCAAAUGGAAAAAAAAAAAACUGAUUUUGUCUUCCAUUGCUGAAAGCAUAGAAAAGUUAUAAAUUGAAAACAUUUUUGAUGCUCUUUAUAAAUUGAAAACACCAAGUAUCUACCA